CCAGGAAAUGCGGUUUUCCAGCCCGUGCAAUGAGUCCAAAGCUAACAAGCACACGAGCAGCAAGAGCCAACGGGCCGGGGCCCCCCGCGUCGCUCUCGCAGAUCACGAACAAAAGAGCUCCUGAACGAAGCCCGCCGGCGCACGAUGGUACAUGGAGCAGCAGCAUCAGGCGGCGCCGCCUCCGCCGCCGCGCGGGCAAGCAGAGGCGCGCCGGGGACGUGGAGGCGGGUGCGGAGGGCGGCGCGGGAGGCGGCUGCGCACGCGCUGCUGCUCUGCUUCACCACCCUCCUCGCCUUCAAGCUCGACGGCGUUCUCCUCUCCCGCUCCUGGUGGGUGCUUUUCAUUCCUCUGUGGUUAUUCCAUGCUGCCGUUGUUCGGUAUAGAUUCUCAUUGCCUGCUCCUUCGUUGCUUCAAAAUUACCAGCGGAUUCCAUGCCAUUCCAUUGUUGCCACACCCUUGCUAGUUGCUUUUGAACUUCUUCUCUGUAUCUACCUUGAAGGCCAGGGUGAACCUUUUCUAGAUUUAAAGCUUGUUUUCCUUCCACUCCUGGCCUUGGAAAUUAUUAUGUUAGUUGACAAUUUCAGGAUGUUUGGUGCUCUAAUGCCUGGACAUGGGGAAACAAUCACUGAUGAAGAGAUAUGGGAUAGGCUUCCUCACUUCUGGGUUGCAAUUUCCAUGGUGUUUCUACUAGCAGCUACUUCACUCAUGCUUCUCAAGCUAUGCGGUGAUGCAGUUACUCUGGGGUGGUGGGAUUUAUUCAUUAACUUUGGGAUUUCCCAGUGCUUUGCUUUUCUUGUCUGCAUAAGGUGGUCCAAUCCAAUGGAUAUUGGUGGCCCUGUACUGAUAAUUCCUAUCGUAAUUUCUCAAGUUCUCCUAUGUAUGCGCUUAGAGGGUACUCCAUCUUAUGCACGGUUUAUUCCGGUUCGAGCUAUUUUCUCACCUAUAUUUUUGCUCCAAGUGGUUGCUGUACUGUUUGCCGUUUGGAGAUUCUUUGAAAGGCUUGUUAUUAAAUUGCAAGAUGGAGUUGUUAGUGAAGGAUAUAUUUCUGUCUCAUCAAAGAUUGAUGAGUUGUUUAUGAUGGUACAAUAUGGUUCAAGGCUCAUUACGUGGUCUAUUGACGAAGAUAGCAAAGAGGAACAAGCACAUUUAUGCUAUACAAAUAACAUUGGGUAUAGUACAUUUUGCAGUUAUCCCCCCGAGAUGGUAAAAGAGAUGCCGAAAAAAGUUCUUGUCAAAGAGAUACAGAGACUUCAGUUAGCAUUGGGAGAGCAAAGCAAAAUGGCAAUGCUUAGCCAACAGCAGUGUGAGAGGCUGAAGAAUGAACGAAUCUUAUGUCGAAUUUGCUUUGAGAGGUACAUCUGCAUUGUUCUGCUUCCAUGCCGCCAUCAUGUUCUAUGCGAACCUUGCUCUGACAAGUGCCAAUCAUGCCCGAUUUGUCGAGUGCCUAUUGAGACCAAGUUAUCUGUUAAUGAUGCAGUGAAUUCAGACGAUCCAUUAAGUGACAUUGUCUAGAAGCUGACAUGUUGGCCAUAGCAUUAGAACUUCAACUUCUGGUGUCAGCAGCAACACACUGAUUGCCGGCAUAGGAAGAUAAACUAUUCUGGCUUUGAAGUUGAAAGGAAAGCUAGAAUAAGUUGCGGCUCAGAACAGAGGACAUGAAAAUCAAGAGCCGUACCGCGUGCGCAAUCCCUCUUCUCGAGUGACAGUAUUACAGAAAGAAAGUGCGAGCGGUUGAUUCUCUCUCACCCAUAUAUGGCGGCAGCACGAAUAGCCACUUGAACCACUGAAUUUCCUGGCAAAGGCUGCCAGACGUGUUGCACCUGGACAGUUUCUGAGGAAGGGUGGUUCUUAUAUAGAGUAACUUCUUAACAGCUGACAGGGGGGUCACUUCAGGUUGUUUGAACUGUUGUUUUCAGGGUCCAAACUAUAACUUUCAUUUCAUCAGUUCAGACGAGUUUAUCCGCUGUUUGCAGCAAA